AUGACAAACACUGAGUUUGAAACAGUUAAAAAGAUAGACAAUGACACCAAAUUGGUUAGAAUAGGUGAUUUAAACGUAAGAUACUCAAAGAAAUACAACAAAUAUUCUUUGUCAGACAUUAUAUCUCCAUUUGGAAAGAAACCGAAGGACUGGGUUAGAAAUGCUUCAACUCAGAAAUUUUUGACAAGAAAUCCUGAGCUUAUGAUAUCAGUAGCAUUUCAUGGAACAAGAGCAUAUCUUAUAGACAAAAGUCUUAUACCAAUAGUUUUGUUAUGGUUAGACCCAGUUGUUGGAUAUAACUUCAUAACAUAUGGUUCAUUCGAUACGGAACGUUGCAGUGAAGGCUUACUUUACAUCGUUCAGAAACCGAAGGACUUCAAUACAAAGAGAUAUAAGAUAGGAAGAACAUAUAAUAUAACUCAAAGAUAUGACAGUACAGUCAAUAUAGUCAAGGUUGUGUUUGCUAAUGAUAUGAGAGCUGCAGAAACAGAACUACUUGAAAAGUUUGAGAAAAUGUAUGGUGCUCCCAUAAAAGGUAAAGAAACGUUUGAAGUAGAUGAGAUAGAUAAAGCUAUAAAAUUAUUUGACGAAGUUGCUGAAAAAUACAUAUAA